UUUCAUCUCCACCGCUUUUUGUUGCAUUUUUCAUUCACUGAAAAUCAUCGUCAAAGCCAAAGCCAAAACCAAAACAAACAAAAACAAAUGGCUCUGCAGCAGCUAUGGGAGGCACUGAAGGAAGCGAUCCCAGUGUACACGGGCCUCUCUCCAGCGACCUUUUUCACUGUUCUUGCUCUGGCGUUGGCUGUGUACCACGUGGCUUCCGGUCUGUUCGGGUCCUCCGAUCAGCGGCCGAGGGAGCGCGAGGAGGAGAGUCAGCCACUUCCUCCGCCGGUCCAGCUCGGAGAGAUCACCGAGGAGGAGCUCAAACAGUACGAUGGUGCUGAUCCUAAAAAGCCUUUGCUCAUGGCCAUCAAGGGCCAGAUCUACGAUGUCUCUCUCAGCAGAAUGUUUUAUGGACCAGGUGGACCUUAUGCACUGUUUGCUGGAAAGGAUGCUAGCAGAGCUCUUGCAAAGAUGUCUUUUGAAGAUAAAGAUCUGACCGGUGAUGUAUCUGGUCUUGGUCCAUUUGAACUUGAGGCUCUGCAGGACUGGGAAUACAAGUUUAUGAGUAAGUAUGUUAAGGUCGGAACCAUCAAGAAGUCUGUUCCAGAAACUGGUGAUGGGGCACCCACCAGUGAACCUACAGAAUCUACAGACCGUGAUGUUGCUAAACCUGCCGAAGAUGGUCCAUCAGAAACCGCAGCUGUUAAAACCGAGGAAACCCCUUUUGGUGCUGAUGUUGCAAAAGAGUAAAGGUCCAGUAUUUCAAGCGCCAAUAAUGCAGACUUUUGUAAACAAUUUCUAAUGCAGACACUGAAGGAGGGUAAUAUUGGGUGCGUGUAUUUCAUCAAUCAUGUUAUACUCAUAAGGAUAUGGUUAAGAUUGUAGUGUAGGAUACCCUACUUAUGAACGAACAUGUUUGUAGAGUUUGUUAAAUAAUGUGUUGGGGUUUCAGAGCUGCA